AGAUCGCGCCGAACAGCCCCUCGAGGGCCAGCCCCUCCGAGGUCGAGACGACCAUCGCCAAUGCUCUCUACGAUCUGGAGUCCAACAUCCCCGACAUGAAGAGCGCCCUGAGGCCUCUUCAAUUCGUGUCGGCACGCGAGGUAAGAUAGCCCAAUACCAUGACAGCGUCAUGUCCACAUCCGAAUAUAUACAUUUCCCUCAUCCGGACCAUCGCAAUCGGUAGAUGCUAUUGCAUCUUCCCGUUUGGAGAAUCCUAUGAUGAAAAAUACGAAGAGGCGGUGGGCACUGGGCAGCAACAGAAGGCUGACACCAGGAAUCUUCAGAUCGAGGUUGGACACGGCAAGAAAGCCAUCGUCAUCUUUGUCCCCGUUCCCAUUCUCGGGCUGUGGCACAAGUCUCAACAGCGCUUGACUCGGGAGCUCGAGAAGAAGUUCUCCGACCGCCACGUCCUCAUCAUUGCGUCGCGUCGCAUCCUCCCGCGCCCGAAGCGCUCCAACCGCUCGCGCACUGCCCUCAAGCAGCAGCGACCGCGAUCACGAACCCUGACGGCGGUUCACGACGCCAUCCUGACGGACCUCGUCUACCCCGUUGAGAUCGUCGGCAAGCGCGUCCGAACCCGAGAGGACGGAAGCAAGCUCCUGAAGGUGGUUCUCGAUGAGAAGGAGCGUGGUGGCGUUGAUUACAGGCUCGAUACCUACUCCGAGGUCUACAAGCGAUUGACCGGCAAGGGUGUCAACUUCGAGUUCCCUCAGUCUGUGGCUAGCGAUUAUUAGGCCGUUACUUCAUAACAUGGUCGGCGUC